CAGCAGCAGCUUUCGCUGCGUGCAGCAACAGUGCUGCGGAAAGAGCAAGUCGUUUGAAUGAGAGAAACAAAGUGAGAUUGAGACGACCGCCCGAGGUUGUUGUCCUUGUCUUGCAAAAGGAAACUUAAUGUAACGGAGUCGUUUUAUGUUCAACCACCGCGUCUCAAAUAUUUCUUGUCAGUUUCUUGAAGGAAUGGCGUUGGAACUUCAAAAGGAGCUUUCGUUAUGCAUGCAAGAUUUAUGCGAUUAAGUUUUAAAAGGGAGGAAGCAUCCUUCGUGCUUUAAAAAUUUUCACUGUUAAAAAUAAGACUGUUUCACUGGGUCAGCUUUAACUGCCCUUAGGGAAAGCAGUGGAUUUCUUCGCUAUUCCACUGCCACAUGCAUUCACUUCUACAUCUGGUUUCAAGGAUUGUUUCUGUUUAUUGCUUGUGACUUGACAGUGAAACAUGAAUAAUGGAGGUGAUAGGUCUACCAGCAAGGAGAAAAUUGUUUUUGAUAAAGUUCCAUGCAAAAGACUCUUUAAGCUCAAACUUGAGGGAUGAAUUAAAAACUAACGACGGGGUAGGAAGUACGGAAUUCUCGCUGGAAAUUAAAUGUCAUUGUGAAGGAUACAACUGGAUUCGGUGCCUUAGGAUUUGAUGCUGGAUCUAAUUAUUUCUAAUGACCUGGAUUCAGAAAUUCAAUGCAGAGCAGUGAGAUUUACGGAUAAUACCAAACCAGAUAAGCAUCUUUGAGGCAUGCUGCUAGUGCUGUAACAGCUAAUGCUCCCCAGUGGGCGGGUUGAGCUACCCCUCUCUCGACAGAUAAGACUUUCUGCUGAGCAUUAGUUUAAGGAGCUAAGCCAACAGCAUCUUCAACCACCUUUCUACCUCUCAUUUUCUGUUCUAGACAUGAUGUACGAAAUCAAUUGCUGCAGAGCAUGAAUUUAUUUGGAAUUUGAAAUCAGAGUGCAAUCUGAAUACUGGAUGAAGAACUUGGAAAUCCUUGUGAAUUUUUUUAACUUGACUAUCAAUGUGAAAUCUGUUCGAAAUAAUGCUAUCAUAGAAACAGCAAGACUGACGUGGCUCCCAGGUUUCCUGUUUUUUUGAACUACACUGUUGGAGUACACUUUUUUUCUUUAUCUUUUCCUCAAAUUCACAAAAAAAAGACAUUUAUUUGAGCUGCGUUUUCAAUCAUGGCUGUUGCAGUCACAGUGUUUAUACUAAUGCUUUGUACAAGAACUGUGAGUGAAAGUCAGCAAUGGAACUACCCAUUAGAAACUGAAACAUUGGAUUUUGGAUCUGUACCUGCUGUGAACUAUGAGUCUAAUGUAUAUUAUGACCCUGGAGUUAUAGGAUUUUUAUUUCAACUGGCAAGAAUUUUCCUACAUAUAGUGCAACCGAAUACCUUUCCUCAUGAGUUGAUCAUUGAGAUAAUAAAGCAGAACUAUGGACAAGUACUACACCAAUAUCAAGAGCCAGAAAACGUUGUUCUCACUCUACAGAUAAUUUACUAUGAGAUUGGUUUCAUCAUCUGUGCGACUCUGGGAAUUGUGUUUAUACUUCUCAUGCCUCUUUUGGGCCUCUGUUUCUGCAUGUGUCGUUGUUGUGACAACUGUGGAGGGGAGCUGCAUCAACGACAGAAGAAAAAUGCAGAUUGUAGAAGAAGCUGCUUUGCAACAACCCUGUUUUUUGUUACCAUAAUUAUAACGGCUGGAACACUGUGCAUGUUUGCUGCUAACCAAAAUCUCACCAACCAAGUUAAAAGAGUUAAGAAGUUGGUCAACAGUAAUUUCCAAGACCUACACGCUCUGCUUGAUUACACGCCAAUGCAACUAAAUUACAUCACACAACAAUACAGCAUUGCUAAGAACAAAGCACUCUCCGAUAUUAACAAUAUUGGGAGUAUACUUGGUGGUAAGGUAAAGGCACGCUUUGGAAAAGAUAUAAUCCCUGCACUUGAGGAUUCCUACGAUUUGGCCAGAGUCACAGUGGACAGGGCUAUCAAAGCCAUCAAAAAUACCAAGGAAGUUUUAGAAAAGGUGGCAGCCUCACGUCGAACAUUAGAUAAUGCAACUCGCAAACUUCAGGCAAACUUGACUGAUGUGCGAACAAGUCUCAACAACACAUUGAAUGAUGCAGCUUGUAAAGUACCUGAUGCUGUUGCACACUGUGACAACAUAAGGGAUUCACUGGGCUAUCUCAAUAUUAAUGCAAACUUUAGUCAGUUAAAAGAUGUUGAUUCUGAACUCAAGAAAGUGAAUGAUGUGCAGAAAAUUGAUUAUGAAGACUUGAUUCAGAAGGGAUAUUCAGCAUUUAACAAUACUCCAGACGUACUUCAAAAUGAAACCAAAUCAUUUGCAUCAGAUGCAAAAAGAGCACUUGGUGAAGUUGAAGAGAGAAUUUCAAGUUUAAGUAAGGAGCCUGUUAUUGGCAAUAUAAUCAAUACUUCUACGGCCUAUCUUAAUCAGGGUCAGAGAUUCUUUCUUGAGUAUAUUCCACAUUUGGAAAAAUAUGAUUUCUACAGAUGGCUUGUUGGUGUUGCCCUCAGCUGUGCUGUGAUUCUUAUCCUUGCUUUCAAUUAUCUUGGUUUGCUUUGUGGAACAUGUGGCUUUGACAAGCACGCUUCUCCAACCACAAGAGGCUGUGUAUCAAACACAGGAGGCAACCUUCUUUUAGCUGGAGUUGGAAUCAGCUUCAUCUUCUCCUGGCUUAUGAUGCUGGUAGUUUUGGUGACCUUCAUUGCAGGUGGAAAUGUUGAAAAACUUGUUUGUCAGUCUUUAAAAGACAAUAGUUUAUUCAAGGUUCUGGAUACUCCUUAUUUGUUAAACUCACAAUGGAAAUAUUUUCUUUCUGGACUUCUGUUUUCUGAACACAAUAUAAAUGUCACUUUUCAAAGUGUAUACAGCAAAUGCCGCAAAAAUGAAGGCAUUUAUUCAGCUUUACAACUACAAUACUUAUUCAACAUGGAUCGUGUAAAUCUCAGUGGACAUGCAACUUGUCUGACUGAGAAUUUCGCAAAGAUUGAUGUGAAUUUAAGUAAUAUAGUAAUAUUGGACGAGGAGGCCAAAAACAGUCUUCAUGAUUUUGGUGAAACUGGCAUUGACACAGUUGAUUUCACUGCCUACUUCAUUGAGCUCAAGAAAAGUGUGGUUAAGGCAGACCUUCGCACAUUUGCAAAUGAUCUAGAGGCAAAAGCGAAUUCAUUGCCUGCAGGAGCCCUGGCGAAUGCAUUAAGAGGCCAUGUAAACAAUAUUCGAGCAAUCCACAACCAGCAAGUUAUACCACUUGAACAAACUUUGAAAUAUGUUGAAGCCCGGAACACAUUGAAUGAAAGUAUCGGAAUACUGCAAAACUCAGCAGCAAGCUUAAAGAUAAAAGUGGGAGGCAUAAUGAAUUCCGUUGAAGCUGCUCAGUACCUAAUCAACAACAAUGGUACCGACAUCGUAAAGCAGGAAAUGUAUAAUUAUUGCGACACUGUGGUUGGCUACAUUACUGAAUAUUUAGAAUGGAUCAAGGAUGCUAUGAACAAUGAAGUUGCUGUCUGUAAGCCGAUUGCUAAUGCUGUGGAUGCAGCUGAUAUGAUACUGUGCGGUUUUAUAGUGGAUUCCCUGAAUGGCUUUUGGUUCGGCCUUGGAUGCUGUACAGUAUUUUUAAUACCGAGUAUUAUAAUUGCUGUGAAACUAUCCAAAUUCUAUCGGCGGAUGGAUACAGAGGAUGUAUAUGAUGAAGUUCCAGGUCACAAGUAUAACUUCCUAAUCCUAACAACCACAGGCUCAGCCUACACCUGUUUACAGAGAAAAAACACUCCUCCUUAUGAUACUUUGACCAGAUUCCCCAGAGCUUCAGCUCCUCCAAAGCUCUCUGGUUGGUGAGAUACUCCUGGGUUGUUAAGCAGUAUAGUGGAAUACUGGUAGAUGCAUUGGGCAGCUUCUUGAAGGAGAACCAUCAUACAUUUUGGUGGGUGCAGCAACCAAUAGACAUCUGUAUAUACCUUGCAGAAAAGGCCUUCAAAUGCAUCAGCCCCAGUGCAUAACGCACCUUAUUAUUCUCUUUGUUAAUGUAUAUUUUGAAUAAACAGUUGAACACUUGGAAAGUCUUUUUUUCAUUUCUGCAGUUCACUAUCCUACAUUUUAGUAUCUCAAUAUGUUAAAUCGUAAUGCUACUUUUCGCUCACACUUUAACUUAGCAUUUUCUUUUUACUAUUUCAUUUUGUUUUAUGAAAAAUUUAAACUUUGUAAACAGUUUUCAUUUCUUCUUUAUUCUGCAUAUUGUGUAUUAUAAGAUUAUUGAAUUAAUCCUUCUUGUAAUUCUUAAUGUAGUUUAUUUUGCAUACUGUUAAUCAGGUUAAAAAUUUUGUCUACGUGGAAAAUUAAUUUAGCAAUUCUUAAGUGUAACAAUAUACUUAAUAAUUCUGAAUGCUAACUACUGUUGGUGGAUUUGUACUUCACUAUUGUAUGGCUAGCUGUUCAAACUAAUGAUGGGAAUUUUGGCAUGGGGAAGAAUAGUUUAUUACAGUGUAACAUGCCUUUUGUUAAAUGAGAUGCAAAAUUUGAGAGUUUGCAAUAGUAAAUAAUGAGCUAUUAUACAAGAAAACAAAAUUACUUUUCUAAAUUAGAUGGUAUCUUUAAUCAUUUUAUUUGAAGAUGUAUAUGCUACAAUUAAUGCAGAAUAUUGUAGUGAUAUUGGUUAGAUUAUUGAAAAUACUGAACUACUGCCACAAUCUAAUAAUCAUAUGCACCAUUUCAUAUUCAAGGUGCACAAUAUCCAAAGCAUUUAAACACAACUUUUUUUCUGGCAGUGUGUCAUUUGGGCUCUGUCAUUGUUGAGUAGAAUGUGCAAAUACUAUAUACUUUAGUCACAACUUUUUUAGAAUUGAAUUUGUAAAUAUGUUCACAGUUAUAGAUUUAUGGGAUCUUCUAUUUUGAAUAUUCAAUAAAAUGUCUUGGAUACCA